AAAAAUCCCAGGGCAGGAGGCUUGCGACUCAUUGCACCAGAGCAGAACCAUGAAGCCAGCCGUUGUGGCUCUGCUGCUUAUUCUGCUGGGCGUGGCCUGGCAUGGAGACUGCCACAGCUGGGGCUCAGAUCCGUCGUCUCUGCAGAAGAGGGCGGGAGGUGCCGAUCAGUUUUCUCAGCCUGAAGCAGCAAGACAAGAGGCAUCAGCGGUCACAUCCAAGAGCUACUAUAGUAACCAGCAGGGGAACCCUAAUUACAACUGGCAAUACUAUGCUAAGACCACUGCCAAGGGAGGAGUGGCCCCUUCAGCGUCCUCGGCUUCCCGGGCACAACCUGGUCUGCUGAAGUGGCUGAAGUUUUGGUAGAAAAUUCCUUCUAGUCACUGCCGACACUUCACGAACACAGGUCUCCAGGGGGCUUGUUUGUACUUACCCACAGUCCUCUCUGCUGUGACAGACCUAUCUGGGCGCUGACAUCCCCCACCACCCCACCUAAGGACCUGGCUUACUGUCGUAGCAUCUCAAGAGUCAGCCUCUUUGGAUAACCAGCCAGUUUCUUCACCUUCUCCCGUUUGUGGCGGGACGUUCCCCUAACAACGCAGUGGGAACCUCCUGCUUCGUCUCUGUGGAAAUAAAACACGGCUUCUUUUGUUUUCCCGA